CGCGGGAAGAAAGGGGGUUUUGUGCAGCGCCCGCGCAGCAGUCCGCGGCAGUCUCGGCCGCUGCUGGGGAAGCGCUGUGCCACCGGACCUAGCAAGUUCCUCCAUCAGCUUUCAGCAUGGUCCCAGUGCUUCUGUCCUUGCUGGCAGCUCUGGCACUGACUCAGGCCCCUGCAACUCUAGCUGAUGACCUCGAAGGGGACAGCUCAGAGGAUCGUGCCUUCCGUGUGCGCAUCGGCGCGGCACUGCUGCGGGGCGUGCUGGGAGGCGCCCUCGCCAUCCCGUGCCAUGUCAAUCACCUGCUACCGCCGGGCCGCCGGGCCACGCUGGGCUCUCCCCGAGUCAAAUGGACUUUCCUGUCCGGGGAUCGCGAGGCGGAGGUGCUGGUGGCGCGCGGGCUGCGGGUCAAGGUGAACGAGGCCUACCGGUUCCGCGUGGCGCUGCCGGCCUACCCCGCGUCACUCACUGAUGUCUCGCUGGUGCUGAGCGAGCUGCGGCCCAAUGACUCUGGCGUCUAUCGCUGCGAAGUCCAGCACGGAAUCGAUGACAGCAGCGACGCUGUGGAGGUCAAAGUCAAAGGGGUCGUCUUUCUCUACCGGGAGGGCUCUGCCCGCUAUGCUUUCUCCUUUGCUGGGGCCCAGGAAGCCUGCAUUCGCAUCGGAGCCCGAAUUGCCACCCCUGAGCAGCUGUAUGCCGCCUACCUUGGUGGCUAUGAGCAGUGUGAUGCUGGCUGGCUGUCUGAUCAGACUGUGAGGUAUCCCAUUCAGACCCCAAGAGAGGCCUGCUAUGGAGACAUGGAUGGCUACCCUGGGGUCCGGAACUAUGGAGUGGUCGAUCCUGAAGACCUGUACGAUGCCUACUGCUAUGCUGAGGACCUAAAUGGAGAACUGUUCCUAGGUGCCCCUCCAGACAAGCUGACGUGGGAAGAGGCCCAAGCCUACUGCCAGGAGCGGGGUGCAGAGAUUGCCAGCACGGGCCAGCUGUACGCAGCGUGGGAUGGUGGUCUGGACCGAUGCAGCCCAGGCUGGCUGGCUGAUGGCAGUGUGCGCUAUCCCAUUGUCACACCUAGCCAGCGCUGUGGUGGGGGCCUGCCUGGGGUCAAGACCCUUUUUCUCUUCCCCAACCAGACUGGCUUUCCCAGCAAACACAGCCGCUACAAUGUCUACUGCUUCCGAGACUCUGCCCUUCCUGAGGCCUCCAGCCCAGCCUCUGAUGGACUAGAGGCCAUUGUCACAGUGACAGAGAGGCUGGAGGAACUGCAGCUGCCACAGGAAGCUAUGGAGAGUGAAUCCCGUGGGGCCAUCUACUCUAUUCCCAUCAUGGAAGAUGGGGGAGGAGGAAGCUCUACCCCAGAAGACCCAGCAGAGGCCCCUCGGACCCUCCUAGAGCUGGAAACACAAUCCAUUACGCUGCCCUCGGGGUCCUCAGAAGAAGACAUGGCCCUGGAGGAAGAAGACAAAUUCAAGGAUGAAGAAGAGACUCCAGUGGAGACAGUGGAGCAGGAGGAGCUGCGGGUGUGGCCCAGGGAACUCAGCAGCCCUCUCCCCACUGACUGGGACAUAGAGCUGUCACUCUCCCAGGGGUCCCCUCCAGCUCAGGCAGCUCUGCAGCCCGGUGCAUCACCUUCUCCUGAUGUAGGGUCAGAAGCUCCCAGGCCUCCAAAGGUUCGUGGGCCACCUACAGAGACUUUGCCCUCUCCCAGAGAGGGAAGCCUAGCGUCCAUUCCAGAUGGGGCAAGAGAGGUAGGGGAGGAAAUUGGGAGUCCUGAACUCUCUGGGGUCCCUCGAGAAAGUGAGGAGACAGAGAGCUCUAGCUCCGAGGAUGGCCUUUCCCUGCUUCCAGCCACAUGGUCCCCUGAGGGAGCCAGGGAGCUGGAGGGCCUCUCAGAAGAGAAGUCUGGAAGAACUGUCCCAGCAGGCACCUCAGUGCAGACCCAGCCGGUGCUGCCCACCGACAGUGCCAGCCAAGGUGAAGUGGCUGUGGCCCCCUCAUCAGGGAAGCCUGGGAGACCAUCCCCACCCCCCUCACCUCUGGAGACCAGAAGAGCACUCACCCCACAGAGCCUUAAGCCUCUACUUCUGUGAAGUAUUUUUAAUUGUUUCUUGAAAAACAAGCCUUGGAAAUAAAUCUCUAUUAAACCACUUUGCAACCAACUGUUGACAUCCUGUCCAUCUCCAGCUGUCUCUGCUCACUGCGGGGUCUGCAUCAUGAAUCUCAACUUCCCUUUGAUUCCACGUGCUCUCCUCCAUCUCUCUGUGUCUCUCCAUGUAUCUCCUUGCUGCUCCUAUUUUUCACCUCCAGUCAACGCCCUUGCUAUCCUAGCAGGGUAGCAGCCCAUACUGUUCCUUCUGCCUCUCCUAAGGCCGUCUACACUCCCCCUCCUUACUGCUGAGACUUCAGGCUUGACUGUACACACCACCAGAGGAGCCCUCCUCUGUCAUCUACAGGAAGAAGCCCACACAGUCUGGGGUGGGAGUGUGAUGUGUGACUCACCAUGGCAGUUCCUGCAGUGACUGGGGCAAUCAGCAUGGAGAUGGAGCCAGUUCUCCUGUUUCCCAUGGCUCUAGCACUUCAUCCUCCUCCCUCAAUUCCAGCAAGGGAUAGUAUUGUUAACCCCUGUGUCCAGUGUCCCCCUCCUGUACUAACCCCUGCACUAAUGACCACUCCUAACCCCAGGAAGAAUGGUUUUACUCUUUUCAACCCAAAGGACCUGUCUCAGCAGGGUGGGAUGGGUGGAGGGUGGGAUGGCUUCCAGGGUCUGAGAGGAGCCUUUGGACUCACAGAAGGCUUACAGUCCAGUCUCCAUUGGAGCCCCCAUGACGGCCCAGAAAAGGCAGGCACCCCUGCAUCACUGUCAUUUCACCCAUUUCAACUGUUUGCUCUCUGCCCACUGGCCUUGGAGUGGGUGUGGUAGGAAAAGGGACACUCUUGAAGGCCACUGCAGUGUCUUAGGCCAUCUAGAGGAGGACCAAGAGGUCCCCUUGCCUGCUGUGUCAGGAGGGAAAUAAACAUUUUCUGACUGUGGAGGGUAGUUGGCCCCAAAGGGGAAAGGAAGACAAAACCUACGAAGUUCCUUUACCCCACACUUCCCACUCUUGGUUUAGGUUCUGCAGCCCAAAAGCCAGGGGUGGGACUUAUGGCCUGGGGCAGGGGGCCAAGGACAGAGAUUGAAGGUCUCUGUCUCUCAAGUUUGGGGGACUGUCCAGGAAGAAGAGGACACAGGAGGAGCAGGUAUGAAGAAUGGGAGGGCCUCAGGACUCAUUCUCUCCUGGCUCUAGAACUUAUUUGGCUAAAUAAAACAGGGAGUUGAGCUGGCAUGGUAGUGCAUGCCUUUAAUCCCUGCAUUUAGGAUGCAGAG